AUGCUUGGUCAAUGUUUGAAUGAUUCGAUUCCUACUUAUGUUUUGACUUCCUCCUUUUCUAUUCCGACGAAUUGGCCAUUGCUCGCAGUUCACACGUCUAAACAAGUACUUCAAAUGUUUAAGGAAAUGGGAUAUAAUCCUCAAAUAUCUCUGGCCAUAAAAGGUGCUCUUGAGAAGGUGUUUAAGAGAUUUGUUAAAGAUACUCCUGAGAUAGUUCUUAAGAAAUCAGAAAAGUUGAAGUUAAAGUCUAUGUCUUGUGGUGUUGUGAUUAUGGACGUUUCGAAUGAGAAGGAUCAAAAAUACAAGAAAUGCAAACCUAUUGGUCUGUUGAAACAAUUUAAGAAGCUUAGGGCUCAAACAAUCAAAGAACCUUUUACCACAACAAAGCCAACACCUAAUGUUUUCAAAGUUGAUCAAGAUAGCAAAGAAAUAGAUGAUAAAGUUAUUAAACCUAAAAAUCUAACGAGGAAUGUUUCACCAAGAGAGGUUGCCAAUGUCAAAUCAAAUGCUUAG